UGUAACCUCCUCCCACGAAGCAAGCUCUCUCUCUCUCUCUCCCUCCCUACCUCUAUGAGGCAAGUACUCAGUAUUCGAUUUUAUUCUGCUCCAACAAACAUGUCUCCUCUCUGUCCAUUCACAGGCGGAAAACUAAGCUCUCAUACUCAAGUCUUGUGAGCCGAAUACCUUUGGGUAAAGUUGAGGCUGUCCAUCAGCUCUCUCGGUCCUCGUAGUUCUUUCAGUAAGUCUUCUCCCAUGUUCGUUUUGGGUGGUGAAAAUAUUUCUCUGAGCUCGCUUUCUUUUAUGCUUUCUGCACGAGGAUAGAUAAUCGAGGCCUUCAAAGUUUGCGUUUCUAUCCAAAGAAUAAAGAAUAUCUUACAUGCUUUUUGGUGAUCUGAGCUUUUUGGAGGAUAAUAAAUACAAAAAAUGGAGAGAGUCUUGGAAGAUGAGAUCUUCUCAAUGAAUAAAAUGAGAAGAGAGGAUUCAGGGAUUCGGUCUUGCAAGAUCAAUUCAGUCGAAGGGGUCUCUCAGGGAAACAAGUAUAAACAGAGAACUGGAAAAGAAGCAAGUAAAGAGAAGGGGACGUCAAAUAUAGGGAAGAGUGAAAGAAACUGGGAGGGUGUUCCGAGAACCAAGGCUAUGGUUCCAUAUAAGAAGAUUAACAGGGGAGGGAUUGGUGGUGGUAAUCGUAAGAUCAAGGCGCAGCAUGACUUGUUCAAACAAAUCCAAUAUAAACUGCAAUCACUUGAAGAAGAUAUACAGCAUCUGAAGAAGAUCCUUUUGCAGCACGUGGAGGAGAGAGAUGUUCUGAUAAGCAAGGUAGUUCAGCAAUUCCACAUGAUAACAGAACGUUUAGGUAGUCUGAAUCCUGAUGGUAUUUCUCUCAUGGAUCAUUCACUUGCCAUUCAUCACAAGCUUGGAAGCAAAAAUAUUGGCUUGGCAGAAGUACUGCACCAAGAGUUAACUCCACCUGUUGUCACUAGAGAUAUGAAGGUCAACUUGAACACGUUCCAGGUCCUAGCCUGAAGUUUUGAAGACACUUGCAUGUUAGUCAGAAGUACAACUGCAGUCAUAACUUUAGUGGUGUACAUGGGGUUGUCUGUUUAUCCAAAGAUCAAAGGUUUUGCAGUAUAAGGUAGAAUAGAUGCUUAUAAAUUUUCCCCACU